AUGGCUGCCACCAGUUCAACUGGCAGCAAGAAGAUCUCUGAUGAAGAACUAGCAGAUCCAUCCCCAGACAUCUUAAAAUUGUUUGAUCUGCUGAACCAUUGGUACUUUUGGGGACAGCUGAGUGGAGUCAAAGUCAAGUGGAGUAAAAAACCUCUUAUGGUGAUGUGUGCUGGUUUGUGCAACUAUCAACGGAAAUCUGGCAAAUGCACCAUCAAUUUAAGCCAACCUUUGCUUAAACGGAGGAGCAGGAAAGAUCUUAUUGAGUCGCUUUUGCAUGAAAUGAUUCAUGCGUAUUUAUGUAUAAAUAACAUAAAGGAAAGUGACAUGCAUGGGCCAGUUUUCUGCGGCCAUAUGCAGAGAAUAAAUACCGCCGGCAGAUUCCACAUUACCACCUAUCAUACCUUCCAUAAGGAAGUUGAGUUUUAUGACAACAAGUGGUUCCGGUGUAAUGGGCCCUGUAACACCAAGAAGCCCUAUUAUGGUUUCUGUGUCCCAUACUCUCGUGCGAAACCAUCAUGGUGGGACCAGCACAAGACCAACUGUGGAGGGAAGUUUAAGAAGGUGCAGAGGCCAGACCUUGAUGACCUUCUAGGAAAAUCUAAACCAAAAUCUGUGCCAUAA